UUCCACUGCCAGAAUGUCACCCCUGGUCACCGUAUCUACCGAAGACGCUAAGAUUGCGAGUACCAGAAUUUUAUGAAAAUUCGUGAUAAGAGAACAAGAAUAAUCAUCCUUGGGCUUCUCUCGCCCACCCCCAAGCAGAAUCUCCUCAGCCUCUGAGGACCCGGUCAGCCAUGAAUGCUCACGCCCUCCUCACCUCCCAGGGAUGGCGAGGUACUGGGCACUCCCUCCACCCCACCAGCGAUGAGACCGGCCUUUCUCGCCCGCUUCUCGUCUCCAGAAAAGUUAACAACCUCGGCGUUGGAAAGAAACAACACAAAACGAGCGAUAUGUGGUGGAUGAAUGCCUUUGAUAAAUCAUUGAAGGGAUUGGAUACAAGCGAGGAGGGAAAGGUCGUCCAGAAGAUCACAAACGGAGGCUUGGAUAUGGUUGUCAAGGGUGGUUCGAAGUAUGUUGGGAGUGGCGGGGGACUAUAUGCCAGUUUUGUGAGGGGGGAGCCUUUGAAUGGGACGAUUACGGAGGAAACGUCGGAGAAACCGACUGUGGCGGAUCAAGAGCCACCUGCGAAGAAGAGAAGGAAGCAUGGGGAUAGGGCGGAAUCGAAAGAGGAACGAAGAGCGAGAAAGGCUGCAAAGCGGGCCCUGAGGGCAAAGGAGGCCGCUGCCAAAGAGGAACCACAGACCGAAGAGGCGCAGGAUGCGAGUGUAAAGAAACUCGAAACGAAGGAGCAACGAAAGGAACGAAAACGGCGGGAAAAAGAUUCAUCCCGGGAGGCAGAACGAGAGGCAGGGGAGAGUUCGUCAGAGAGUAAAAAGAAAAAGAAGCGGCGGAAGGAGUAAGGAAAAUUCGAGUCUUCACCAUUGUGAUUGGCGUUCUGGCAGCACGGCGCCUGGAGUUUACUUGCAGCUUUUUGACAAAUGAAGUAAUUCGAACCAUGAGGGUCAUUUCAACUCAUGGCUCCUUGGGUAUCUUUCCAGGCCUAUUUGACAGUAGCCACGGUCUCCUCUCCCAAAACUCAUCCUUGAUGACAUCCAGGUGCUGUACCGUGAUCCGUGCUUUGGCUCUCCUUUUUUUAUCAUUUUCUUCUUGAGUUUUCGAGAGUUUUAUCUGCUCCGUAGUCUUUGCCCCAUCGUCUUCGAUAGC